AUGCCGGCAAAUGUUGUUUCUUAUGUCUUCCGAUCGUUUGCCGAUCCGAAGAUCUCUAUCACAAAUGGUCCUCGAGUAAAAAUGCCCAUCUUUUUGAGAAUUGCACACAUUAUCAGGAUAUUCGAUUCUGACACGGCUCGCGAAGCCAUUUCAAGCCUACUAGCAUCUUGUGAUGUACCAACAGGACGAGACUACCAAGUGACGUAUCUCGAAUAUCCUGACACGAGGCGGGAGGAACUGUUAGAGAACUUCCCGGAUAUUGCGGAGAAUCUAGGGCUCAAUCCCCUCCACAUCGCAGCUCACAAAAACGAUGAAGAGAAUGUUUAUCGUCUAUUGGAGAGGUAUCCGUCGUACUUGAAUGAGCUCAAUUAUUGUGAGCAGUCGCCAGUCCACAUCGCCAUGCGAAACAAAAACCUUCCCAUUUUAUCAGCAGUCAUAAUGGCGGCUCAUGCCAACAUCGUCGAGCCUGCAGAUAAGUCCCCUUGA